AUGAUCUAAUUUAAUUCAAGUACUCUGAUAGGACCUAAAUCUAUCUUUCUGUAACCUUUAGAAAUUUACUAAAAUCAUGAUAUUGAUGACACUUAAUGUGCAGAUGACUUUACAAAUAAAUACUUAUCAUAAACCAAUAACUCUAUAUAAGAAACUCCGCAAAAUAAGAUUGAAGGAGGCAAUAAAAAAAAAGAGGGCAAGAAAAAGGUUAAGUUUAAUCUAAACAUCGUUCAUUGUUAAUUUAAUCAAAAAGAACCUGCAAUUGCUAUUGGAAAACUAGUUUAAAAGUUGAUAAAUUAGAAACCUUAUUUAGAUUGGGUAAAUCCAUAGAUAUAAAAAAACUAAUGA